GCUGUAGUAUAAGACAUACUUUUGUGGAUUUGUGGAAGGGACCGAGUUUUAUUUAAAAGUCGCCCGUUUUUUUAUCAGCUGCGGGCGCUAAUCAUGGAGAUGCAAAGGUGGAGCACCAGGUGGAAAACGAAAAGGUGGCUAUGGGAUUCAACGCUAAUCGCUGUGGUCGCGUUAAUUUUAAUUCUACAAGCUGGCAGUGUUAGAGCAGCUGAACCAGUAGACGUACUGAAGGCUCUAGACUUCCAGAGCUCCCCUGAAGGAGUACAGAAAACAACAGGCUUCUGCAGAAAUCGGAAAGGAUCCAAACCCGACGCGGCUUACAGAGUGGGGAAACAGGCUCAAAUCAGCGCUCCAACCAAACAGCUCUUCCCAGGAGGAGUUUUCCCAGAAGAUUUCUCCAUCCUGUUUACCAUCAAGCCCAAGGCUGGCCUCCAGUCCUUCCUGCUGUCCGUGUACAACCAGCAAGGCAUCCAGCAGCUCGGCGUGGAGGUGGGCCGUGCCCCCGUCUUCCUGUAUGAGGACCAGCAUGGCAAGCCCGCCCCGGAGGAGUACCCCCUGUUCCGCUCCAUCAACCUUGCUGACGGCAAAUGGCAUCGUGUAGCUGUCAGUGUGGAGAAGAAGACCGUCACCAUCAUCGUGGACUGUAAGAAGCAGGUGACCAGGCCGCUCGCUAGAAGCGACCAGGCUGUCAUCAACACAGAAGGCAUUACUGUCUUUGGAACCAGAAUCCUGGAUGAGGAAGUCUUUGAGGGUGACAUCCAGCAGCUGCUGAUAGUGGCAGACCCCAGAGCAGCCUAUGACUACUGUGAACACUACAGCCCUGACUGUGAAACCCCCAACCACCACGACACCCCCCAGGCUCAGGAACCUGAGGAAGAGUACACUAACUAUGAAUAUGGUGAGUUCUAUGACUACAGUGAAGGAGAGGUAACCACUGACGCUCCCCCAACUGAAGGAGUCAAGAUUGAGGCAAAUGUGGGUGGAGAUUACUACACGGGUGAGUAUGACUACAACCCAGUGGACGGAAGUCAGCCUGAAACCCCCACUGAGACUACAGGACAAGGCCAGAGCUAUGAUGGGGAAAUAGUGGAUGAUUACAUCACCGGUGUGGAACAGGUCGGGGUGGACCCCACUGCUGCUGUUGAAACCGCUGCCCCGGUGGACCCCCAAGAGAAUGUGGAUCCUGCAACCGAUGUGUAUGAGUUUAAGGAAUACGACCUGAAGGAAUAUGACCACAAAGAGAUUGUAGAGAAGCCAUACGACUAUGGUGAUUAUGGCGAUUAUGGCACUGCUGAUGCUAAGCCUACACCUGCAGCAUAUGACGAAUUUGGUCCUGGGGUUCCAGCGGAGACGGACAUCAGAGAGAGCAACGUGGGUGGGGGUCACAGCUACCUGGGAGAAAAAGGAGAGAAGGGUGAACCUGCCGUCAUUGAGCCUGGGAUGCUUAUAGAAGGACCCCAAGGAGCCCCCGGCCAAGCAGGUGUUCCUGGUACCCCAGGAUUGCAGGGUCCUCCAGGUCCCCAUGGAGAUCCCGGUGAGAGGGGUCCUCCGGGGCGUCCUGGUAUUCCUGGUUCAGAUGGUGUCCCUGGGCCUCCAGGUACCGUUCUGAUGCUUCCAUUCCGUGCGGGUGGUGAGUCACACAAAGGACCUGUGGUUUCAGCCCAGGAAGCUCAGGCUCAGGCCAUCCUUUCUCAGGCUAGGCUGGCGAUGAGAGGUCCCCCCGGGCCAGCGGGCAUGACAGGAAGAUCUGGUCCUGUGGGAAGUCCUGGUUCUGCCGGACUUAAAGGUGACGGUGGCGACUCUGGACCACAGGGACCCAGAGGUCUUCAGGGUGCAACUGGUCCACCAGGAAAAGCAGGAAAGAGGGGUCGUAAUGGAGCCGACGGUGCUCGAGGAAUGCCAGGAGAGGCAGGCACCAAGGGCGACAGAGGUUUUGACGGCCUCCCUGGUCUUCCUGGAGAAAAAGGACAUAGAGGAGAACAUGGAUCUACAGGCCCUCCAGGACCUCCAGGAGAGGAUGGCCCCAGAGGUGAAGAUGGCCAGGUUGGACAGAGAGGUGUGGCUGGCGAGAGUGGACCUCGAGGUUUGCUUGGCCCCAGAGGGUCUGCAGGUCCUGGAGGCCAGCGUGGUCUUCCUGGACUUGAUGGGCAAGCUGGUCCCAAAGGAAACAUGGGUCCACAAGGAGAGCCUGGGCCUCCUGGGCAACAGGGUAUGCCUGGUCCACAUGGUCUUAUUGGUCCUCAAGGUCCGAUCGGGCCUCCUGGUGAUAAAGGACCUCAAGGGAAACAAGGCUUGGCUGGCCUGGGUGGUGCUGAUGGCCCUCCUGGUCACCCAGGAAAAGAAGGUCCUGCAGGCGAGAAAGGAGCAAGCGGUCAUCCUGGUCCUAUGGGAUCCAUCGGCUACCCCGGGCCUCGUGGUGUGAAAGGUGCUGAGGGAAUUAGAGGCCUUAAAGGUGGCAAAGGAGAAAAGGGAGAGGAUGGAUUCCCUGGCUUCAAAGGUGACAUGGGCCUCAAGGGUGACAAGGGGGAGUCCGGAGUUUUAGGAGUCAGAGGAGAGGACGGCCCCGAGGGCCCCAAAGGCAAGUCAGGACCCAACGGAGAAUCAGGACCCAUAGGAUUAGCUGGAGAAAAGGGAAAACUUGGAGUCCCUGGAUUGCCUGGAUACCCUGGCCGACAAGGCUCCAAGGGCUCCAAUGGCUUCCCUGGAUUCCCCGGGGCGAAUGGCGAGAAGGGAGCAAGGGGAAUCGCCGGCAAAGCUGGCCCUAGAGGGCAACGUGGCCCAACGGGUCCACGUGGUGGACGUGGUGCAAGAGGACCAACCGGAAAGCCAGGAGCAAAGGGCACCUCAGGCAAUGAUGGAGCAGGGGGUCCACCAGGAGAGAGGGGACCUCAAGGACCACAGGGACCCGUCGGUUUCCCUGGACCUAAAGGACCCAAUGGCCCAGCAGGAAAAGAUGGACUGCCCGGUCACCCCGGACAGCGAGGAGAGACGGGCUUCCAAGGAAAAACAGGACCCCCAGGACCCGGAGGGGUGGUUGGACCACAGGGCCCAACUGGAGAGACAGGACCCAGCGGAGAGCGAGGACAUCCAGGCUCUCCUGGUCCACCUGGUGAGCAGGGUCUACCUGGAGCUGCUGGAAAAGAGGGUGGAAAGGGUGAUCCAGGUGGUCAGGGUCCUGGUGGCAAGUCAGGACCCUCUGGUCUGAGGGGCUUCCAGGGGACAAGAGGUCUUCCAGGGGGCAUGGGUCCAGCUGGCUUAAAGGGAGGAGAAGGGCCUCAGGGUCCCCCCGGCCCCAUCGGUUCUCCUGGAGAGAGAGGUGCUGCUGGCCCUGGAGGUCCCAUUGGUUUGACAGGACGUAAUGGACCCCAAGGACCACCUGGCCCUGCUGGAGAAAAAGGAGGCCCUGGAGAGAAAGGUCCCAUGGGUCCUGCUGGCCGUGAUGGCAUCCAAGGUCCUGUCGGUCUUCCUGGUCCCGCUGGUCCUCAGGGUCCCCCCGGAGAAGACGGUGACAAGGGAGAAGUUGGUGGACCUGGACAGAAGGGAAGCAAAGGAGACAAGGGAGAACUUGGUCCACCAGGCCCAAGUGGUCUGCAGGGUGUCCUCGGAGCUCCUGGUCCAGCUGGCAGCGAUGGUGAGGCUGGACCGAGAGGACAGCAGGGCAUGUUUGGCCAGAAAGGAGACGAAGGAGCCAGAGGAUUCCCCGGUCUACCAGGACCCAUCGGACUGCAGGGUUUGCCCGGCCCUCCUGGCGAGAAGGGAGAGAACGGAGAUGUUGGCGCUAUGGGUCCACCUGGUCCUCCUGGCCCCAGAGGUCCUCAGGGUAACAGCGGAGCCAGUGGCGCUCAAGGUCCUCCUGGUGGCAUUGGUGCAAUGGGAGGUGUCGGUGAGAAGGGAGAAACUGGUGAAGCUGGUAACCCAGGAUCACCUGGAGAGCCCGGUAUCGGAGGAUCCAGAGGAGAGACUGGUGAAAAGGGAGAAUCAGGCCCACCCGGAGCUGCUGGACCCGCAGGAGCCCGCGGACCCCCUGGAGAUGACGGUCCCAAGGGCAACCCCGGUCCUGUCGGCUUCCCAGGAGAUCCUGGUCCCCCUGGUGAACCUGGUGCUGCUGGUCUUGACGGUUUAGCCGGUGACAAAGGAGACGACGGAGAUGCUGGACAACCUGGCCCUCCAGGUCCAUCUGGUGAAGCUGGAGUACCAGGACCUCCGGGCAAGAGGGGACCUGUUGGACAAGGAGGACAGGAGGGCAGACAAGGAGAAAAGGGAUCCAAGGGAGAAGCUGGAGCCGAGGGGCCUGUUGGAAAAACUGGUCCUGUGGGACCUCAGGGACCGGCUGGAAAGUCAGGUGCUGAGGGACUGCGUGGAAUCCCUGGCCCUGUUGGUGAGCAAGGUCUGCCUGGUGCUUCUGGUCAAGACGGCCCUCCUGGACCUAUAGGACCCCCUGGACUUCCUGGUAUGAAAGGUGACUCUGGAUGGAAGGGAGAGAAGGGUCAUCCAGGUCUUAUCGGUCUGAUUGGACCUCCUGGGGAGUUCGGAGAGAAGGGAGACAGAGGAUUGCCUGGACCUCAGGGUACUGCAGGAGGCAAGGGUGAUGGUGGUGCCCCUGGUUCUCAAGGUCCUCUCGGCCCUCCUGGUCCCCCUGGUAUUUCUGGACCCGCAGGACAGAAAGGUUCCAAGGGAUCAACUGGUACAUCCGGUCAGAAGGGAGACACUGGAAUGAUUGGACCACCUGGAGCACCUGGUCCACCUGGUGACAUCAUCCAGCCACUGCCCAUUCAGCAGUCUGGCAGAAAGACCAGGCGGCAGGCUGAGAUGCAGGGAGACGAGGCGCUGGCAGACUACGGCGUAGAUGGCGUCGGUAUGGAGGGAAUGGAGGACGUCUUCGGAUCCCUCAACAACCUCAAACAGGACAUCGAGCGCAUGAAGUUCCCCAUGGGCACCCAAGACAAUCCUGCCAGGAGCUGCAACGACCUGCACCUCAGCCAGCCUGACUACCCAGAUGGUGAAUACUGGAUUGAUCCAAACCAGGGCUGCAUCGGAGACUCCAUCAAAGUGUUCUGUAACUUCACAGCAGGCGGGGAAACGUGCAUCUACCCAGAUAAGAAAUCCACAGGAGUAAGAAUAUCCAACUGGCCUAAGGAAGCUCCAGGUUCAUGGUUCAGUGAAUUUAAACGUGGCAAAAUUCUGAACUAUGUCGACAUGGCAGAAAACACCAUCAACACAGUGCAGAUGACCUUCCUGAAGCUGCUGAGCUCCUCGGCACGACAGAACUUCACCUACAUCUGCCAUCAGUCUGUGGCCUGGUACGACGCCAAGGCUGACAACUACGACAAGGCGCUGCGCUUCCUGGGCUCCAACGAUGAGGAGAUGUCUUACGACAAUAAUCCCUUCAUCAAGCCGCUGACGGACGGCUGCUCGCUGAAGCAGGGCUAUUCAAAGUCAGUGAUGGAGAUCAACACUCCCCGCAUCGACCAGUUGCCCAUCAUUGACGUCAUGCUGAAUGACUUUGGGGAUUCCAACCAGAGGUUUGGCUUCGAGGUCGGCCCCGUCUGUUUCCUCGGCUAGACACGCCCCUACGCCCCGCUGAAGGACAGGGUCAGAGGGUACAUAUUAACACCCACAUGCUGAGAUUCGACAACCUUUACCUUCUCUCCCCGCGAAGCAAAAGAAACCCCAGUGUUUUCUUUUUUUGCCGAGAAGAUCCACUCAAGCCCGGAGAAGAAGAAGAAAUGCCCCUCGGCCCUGUCAUGAAAGCGCUGACCAGGGGAAACUACUCCUCGCCCUUGUAGGGCCGGAAUCACAUGACUUUAACUUACAUGUACUAAUGGGAGUGACAUCAGGAAAAGGACAUUUGAUGCCGUGGCGGACAGUGGCGCACUUUCAGCAACAGAGAGAGGAUCCACUCACCCCAAGCCCCAUCCUCCCUUGUCCUUCCCCUCCCACCACGCCUCCCUCUCUGGAUGCUUCAGGUGCUGCUCUGAAUACAACCACAGAGGUGCUUUUGUGCAGAAUCACAAAACACUCAAGGUGCUAAAAAAAAGUGCUUUUUGAUAAAACUGUAAUUAUUAUUAUUAUUUUGUACAAUAUUGUUCCUUUCCGAAUCCACUCUAAAAAACUUGCAUGUGCCCCAGCUGUUAGUUUAAAUAAGUAUUUGGUAAACUAUAUAGAAAUAAAUCCAAUGAAUAUAUUUGAUGUGUGUUAAAAAACUAAAUUGCAAAGAAAUAUGUCCUUUUUCAAACAUUCAAAUUUGUAAGUACAAGAUAAUCCUUUUGUAAAUAAUAUAACUUUUUAUGAGAGCAAACACGACUGGAACAAAACACCUAAUUCUAAAAGCAUUUUUUUUCCCAAGACAUACCAGUUGGUAUGCCCAUCAGGAUAUUAAGCCAUAAUAAAAUGAGAUAGUAAUAUAAAUAUUGUAAGAAAGGGCUUAUUCUUCCAAACUUUAUUCACCCAGAUGUUAUAUUGUUUCUGUUUCUUCAACCAUGUUUAUAUUUUGAUAACAAUCAAGUAUGAACAUAUUUGUGGUGACUAACUUACAAAGAAAACAUUUUUUGUGAAGUUAAAUUGGUCCAAUUGUUGGUUUAUUUUUUCAAAAUUGACCAAAAAAGCCCUAUUGAUUUUCUUCUUUGUAACAAUGAACAAAAUGUUUUCUUGUGCCUUGAAUUGUUAAAAAAUAUUAAAACUGGAUUCUGAAAAA